GAGUGAGGGAGAGAGAGAUAGACACACACAGACAGAGACAGCGACAGCGCUUGAACAUGGCCACUGUAAGCAACGGAGUACAGCUAGACACCAACAACAGUGGCGGCAGCGGGCGAAUGAACGGCUUAAGCCACAGUCAGAACACCAUCCCAAUGAAAGAUCACGACGCCAUCAAACUCUUCAUCGGCCAGAUCCCACGUAACCUGGAAGAGAAGGACCUAAAACCGUUGUUCGAGGAAUUUGGCAAGAUCUACGAACUGACUGUGCUGAAGGACCGUUUCACUGGUAUGCACAAAGGUUGUGCCUUCCUCACGUAUUGUGCCAGGGACUCGGCGCUUAAAGCUCAGAGUGCAUUACACGAACAGAAGACAUUGCCAGGGAUGAACCGACCCAUUCAGGUGAAGCCUGCCGACAGCGAAGGUCGAGGAGAAGACAGAAAGCUCUUUGUGGGUAUGCUGGGGAAGCAACAAACAGAAGAUGAUGUGAGGCGGCUGUUUGAGUCCUUUGGGUCAAUUGAAGAGUGCACCAUACUCAGAGGUCCUGAUGGAACCAGCAAAGGCUGUGCAUUUGUAAAAUAUUCCUCGCACGCAGAAGCCCAAGCAGCCAUCAACAGUCUGCAUGGAAGCCAGACUAUGCCGGGGGCCUCAUCCAGCCUGGUGGUGAAGUUUGCCGACACUGACAAGGAACGCACGCUGCGUCGCAUGCACCAGAUGGCAGGGCAGCUGGGCAUCUUUAAUCCAAUGGCAAUUCAGUUUGGUGCAUAUGGUGCUUAUACUCAGGCGCUGAUGCAACAGCAGGCAGCCUUGAUGGCGGCAGCGCAGGGUUCCUACCUGAACCCGAUGGCUGCGAUUGCCGCGGCCCAGAUGCAGCAGAUGGCAGCCUUUAAUGUGAACGGACUAGUGGCCACACCAAUGACGCCGUCCUCAGGCACCAGCACACCCCCUGGCAUUAAUGCAACAGCUGUACCUAGUAUAGCUACGCCCAUCGGAGUCAAUGGGUUUAGCGCAAUGCCACCACAAACGAAUGGACAGCCAACAUCAGAUACCAUCUACGCCAAUGGCAUCCAUCCAUACCCAGCUCAAAGUCCAACAGUGGCUGACCCAUUACAGCAAGCUUAUGCAGGCAUGCAGCACUACACAGCAGCUUACCCUGCAGCGUACGCUCCCAUUGGGCAGGCAUUUCCACAGCAACCCCCUAUCAUUCCUCAGCAACAAAGAGAAGGACCGGAAGGAUGCAAUCUGUUCAUCUACCAUCUGCCGCAGGAGUUUGGGGAUGCUGAGCUCAUGCAGAUGUUCAUGCCUUUUGGCAAUGUCAUCUCCGCCAAAGUCUUCGUUGAUCGUGCCACAAACCAAAGUAAAUGCUUUGGCUUUGUGAGUUUUGACAAUCCUACCAGUGCUCAGGCUGCUAUUCAGGCUAUGAACGGCUUUCAGAUUGGAAUGAAGAGGCUAAAAGUACAACUGAAACGACCAAAAGACGCUAACCGACCAUAUUGACCUUCACACGCUCCUAACCAGGUUGGAAGCAUCGUCACAUUCAGUGAUCCUUUGUCACAAGUGCAGUCUGAAAAUUAAAUGACUUUUUUUUGCUGCGAAUCACUGUGGAAGAAAACAGAUUAGAUUUCAAAGGGGGAAAACACUUCGGGAGCGAUUUUGGGGGAAUUUAAAAGGAUGUUGGAUGGAAACAAAAAAACCCAUAAAAAUCAAAAAAAAUGACAAGAAAAUUAAUUCAUAUUCGCACUGGAACUGUGAUAGGGGCAUUGAGACAAACCAUGACUGGUUUUAUCCGAAAGCACUGAAUAAUUGUUCAGAGGAUUAAACGAUAAUUACAGACUUUUCAAAUUUACCAAAGCCAGCUGGAUAAGAUUGUGUGCCUACAACCAACGUGACACAUCCUUGCCUCUGAAACUGGGAGGACAUUACAGAUUAAAGGGACAUUUAUAAAGCUGGCACAGGGACUAAAAAGUUGUACUACUGUAAAAAUACAUCAUUCCUUAGAUGAUUAGGGACCAAAGGACCAAACUUUUUUAAAUCUUAUAGUUGUAAGUAAAAAAAAAAUAGAUCAUAACAUUUCAUGGUGAUUUAGGGCAAAACAUGUGUGUACAAGAAAAGGCUUCAGAGGAUUUAAGAGUCAUUUUAGGAACACUUAAGUAUUUAGGGAAGAGCUCAGACAAUGGAAAGACAAUCGAUUCUGCAAUUAUAUGGAAGUGGAAAAUUCAUUUUAUAUUCCUGAAGAGCUGGCUCAUGAGCUAUGUCCCGAUGUACAGUAGCUGAUGAAAUACUGGGACUUUCAUCAUCAAAGCACUAGAGGUUACUUGUAAAAAUUUAGAAAUGCUGUUCUCGCUGUUCCUAAGCACUUAUUUAGUACUAUAAAUAUUAAAAUCUGUUCAUAUCAGAUUUGCCCUCUGUUGGUUGACAUUGUUUCUCAGGCAGUGUAAUGGUUCCCUUUCUCAGGAGUGCUGUGUCAUGUAAAGUUUUUUUGCACUCCUGGACAAAGCACAGGAGAUACCGUCGGUUCAUAUUUGUGCGUGUGGACCUACGUCCUGUAUGUAAUACUGUAUCGAAAGGAGUUGUAUUACUGAGUUACAGAAAAGUAAACACAGCUAAGAUUUAUGUGGCCAAACAAAAUAAUCUGUUUUAUUUGUUUUAGCUUUUUGAAGGUAAGUAUUGAUAAACAGAACAUUAUUUUUAGUCAUUGUUAUCACUUAAGGGAUAUUGAUCCCACUGGAAAUACCAGCAUUUAUUGUCCAUCCAUAAGUACCCCUAAACUCAAAUGGCACUUGAGAGUAAACCACAUGAAUGAGCUCUGGACUCACAUGUAGGUCAGUGUAUAUAGGGCAAUCUUCCAAAGUUCAAAAUAUAUUGAUUAACGAAGUGUGUAUAUGUCCCUAAAUAUUAUCCUGGGACUCAUUUGCUUGCCAUUUAUGUAGUCUUUCUGAGAUUCUUCCUUCUCUCAGAGAUAUCAUAAAUGGGUUUCUAUGAUGGUUACGGUUACUAGAUUAGCAAUUUCUCUUUUAAUUCCAGACUCCCAGAGUGUUCAAAACAAUAUAUCUGGAUCAAUAACCCUAACUUAACCACUGCACAACCAUACUCUAUACUAAUGCAUUCUAGUCACUCUGACACAGGUCUUUAAACAUAAGACUAUAAGAUAUAGGGGGGGGUAGAAUUAUACCAUUCGGUGCAUCGAGUCUGUUCCGCCACUCCAUCAUGGCUGACUUAUUAUCAUUCUCAACCCUACUGUCCUGCCUUCUCCCCGUAACUUUCGACAUCCUUACUAAUCAAGAAUCUAUCAACCUCUGCUUUAAGUAUACCCAAUGACUUGGCCUCUACAGCUGUCUGUGGCAAUGAAUUGCAUGGGUUCACCACACUCUGGCUAAAGAAAUUCCUCCUCAUUUCUGUUCUAAAGGGAUGUCCCUCUAUUCUGAGGCUGCGCUCUCUGAGUUAAAUCUUAAAGCAGUGAGUAUAUUUUCAUUACGAAAGUGUUCUGCUCGGACAGGUAGUUAGGGUUACUGAGUGGUCAAAAUCAUCUGCCAUUUCGUUUGAGCUGUUUAACCAGGAAUUGUGUUUUGAAGGCUUCCAGCUGGGUAAAAGUAUAAUCAAUACCUGCACCUGUCUGGAAGCCUGUGGCAAGUUUGUUCGUCAUAUAUGCCGGAAAGCACCAGAUCCUUUUUGAAGGCUUCUGUGAGGUCUAAAUCAUCACUUUUUUUUUUCUCAUGGAAUCCUUAUGAGUACAAUCAGAUUUGUAAUCUCCUUCCUGCAAAAAAAAAUCUUUAAGAGCAUGUACAAGAGAUGGAUGCAGGUACUAGUAACAGCCCCUCGAUCCUAAUUGGCAUUCAGCAGGUCCAAAUAAGAACCUGAGUAUCACAGCUGCUUUUCAAUCAGUACUCCAACAACUGGAUUCACAUUGAAGAUAAAAAUAGAAAAUACUAGAAAUACUCACUGGGCACCUUCAGUAAAAAUCCUUAUCCCACCAACAACCUGGGACAGUAGGAAAUGGUUCUGACUGCUCUGGACAUACUGCUUCUCUAGCAAUUGACUCUCCGUUCCUCAGCUGAUGGAUGCGUUGUCUCCAGAUGAUAUCUGAUGCAAUUACCACUGUGUAGGAGAGUGGUUCAGUUCUGUCCUUAAUCUUUCCAAAGAACCACUUUUGAUCACCUCUGCAGUUCCUAGCCAGAACUGCUUGCCCAGGAGUGAAACAUCAGUCCUCCUUAUCUGGGAAGCCCUCAGUUUGUCUCAACUGUUUGUCCUGCAUACUCCUUAUGAGAUUGGAUUUGAGGAGAUCCAAGCUUGAACGCAAGGGACGACCCAGGAACAGUAUAGCUGAUGAGUUGCUGGUCAUGAAGUGUGCUACAUUGUGAUGUGCAAGGAAGAAAUUGGCAAGCUUCUCAUUCAGUGCUAAGUGUAGUCUGGUCUGCUGACAUUGCUCAAGGUGCGUUCUUUAGAUACUGGACAAAUCUUUCCAUAAAGCCAUUGUAGCUGUUACUGUGCAGAUGUACUAAGGCUUAUUCCAGUCAUUUUCAGGAAUGACUGAAACUGUUCCACAGCAAACUGUGGCUUAUUGUCACUGACUAAGUGUUCUGAAAUGCCAGUCCUUCAGAAGAAGCUUCUCAACACAUCAACUGUGUGUGAGGCUGUAGUGCAGGUUAUUGGGAACACUUCUGGCCACUUUGUAGCUGCAUCCACUACUAUCAAGUAAUUUGUGCCUGUGAAUGGUUCAGCAAAAUCCACAUGAAUCCUCUGCCAGGGCAAUGCAGAGCAUUCCCAAGGAUGGAAAGGUGCUGCUCUUGGCAUCUUUUGGAGAUGUUGGCAUCCUGAACACUGCAUGGCAAGCUGCUCGAUCUGCCAAUCUAUCCCACACUACCAGACAAAGCUUUGAGCCAACACUUUCAUUUUAACCAUGCCUAGUUGACUCCUCGAACAUUUUAGCUCUCAGCUAGGAUGGUGCUCAGCUCUUAGUCCCCUCAUAAGGCAACCCCUGUCAAGUCAAGUUCAUCCCAGCACUGAUAAAAAUGUGGGAACUGAAAUUUCUGCUGCAUAUUCCAUCAAUUUUGGGUUACCAUGUAGACCUGAUACAGUGCAGGGCCUUUUCCGGUUUCCCUUUGGAUCACCUCUGCCGUAAUAAGGAGACUUCCAAUUUGCAUUAGGGAGAAUACAUUGUGAGGAAAUUUUGCAGGUAAUUCCUUUUCCAAGGAUAAAUGGGACCAUCCAUCAGCAUUCCAUGAAUAGUCAUCCUCUUGAAUUCAAUUGUAUAAUUGUGUCCUCCAAGAAACAGAGCCCAUCUCUGCAUUUGUGUUGCUACUGUUAGUGGAAACACGCUUACAUGAAUUGAAAAUGGACACUAGUGGUUGAUGAUCAGUAAUGAAGGUAAAGCGUCUCCCAUACAAGGACUGGUUGAAAUGUUUCACACCCCAAACCAGACUCAAGGCCUCUCUGUAAUUUCUUUUUCCUCUGCGGUAAGGGAACAUGAGAAAAACUAUGGGCAUUCUCUUCCAUGUGACAUGUGACAUGAUUGUUCCUAUACCAUAAGGUGAGGCAUAACAGGCAAGCUUUACUGGAUGAUGGCAGUCAUAAUGUUUGAGUGCAGUGUCUGAUGUCACCAUUUCCUCUGUCUUUUGGAAAGACUCCUCACAUUAUAGUAAUUGACAAGUCCUCAAAAAGGCCACAACUGUGACAUGUCCUUUGAUUUUGGGGCAUCCACCAUGGCUUGAGUUUUCUCAGCAUUCUUGUGUAAUUCAUGCACAUCAGUGAUGCUUGGUUUAAAGAAUUCACACUUGUCAUAUCGUGCUCUCAGCCUAUAACCUUCUAAUCUUUUUAACACUGUCUUGAGAUUUUGAAGAUGACCUCCCACCACAACAGUAACACAAUUUGUGUGGACAGACAGGAUUCUGCUUAGAUGUCACAAUUUUGUUCAUGCUGACUUCCAUUCCUGAAUGCAACUCAAUUAUGUCUCUAGCUGCUGUUUCCAUUGAUACAGCGAUUUCAAUUGUUUUUUUAAUGUGACUUAGGCUUCAGUUAGGAGACAUUUUUGACUGCUUUCUUGUAAGAUUACAAAAACUAAAUGAUCAUAUGCCCAUCACUAAAAUGACAAUCCUUGAAUAAUUUCUUCAAUUCAGCCACAUAAGCUGAAAUGGACUCCCCUUCCUUUUGAUUCUGCUUAUGAAACCUAAAGUGUUCUAUUAUCAUCAAUGGUUUUGGUUCUGAAUAUUCCUGCAUUAUGUUCACAAUAUCAGCAAAACUCAUUUCGGCUGGUUUGGUUGAAGUAGUUAAACUUCAAUGCAAAGAGUAUUCUUUUCCACCUAUUGCAUUCAGCAAAACUGUCACUCUUUUCUUAUCAGUUAUUCUAUUUGCUUUAACAUUGGCUCAAUUUCUUCAGUAUACAUCAUCCAAUAAUGUAUUGUGCAAUGGAAUGCAUCUAUCUUUCUGAUGUAGCCAGCCAUUUCUGCUUUUUUAAUUUAUUGUUUUUACCCAGUACCCGCUUUUUAUGAAACUGUGAAUUUUGUCCAUUUUCUACCAUUUUAACUCGUCCAUCUCUCUCGCCCUCUGUAGAAACAUGUGAUGUGUUUUUUUUUAACUCAUACGUUUCUCUCUUUCCCUUCCAAAAUUUAAAAAAAAACAUGCUCCACUUCAGCAGAUAGGUGAUAGUCUGGAGUUUAUUUUAAAGCAACCUCUAUGCCACUAUUAUGUUGUGUAACUCCAGAAAUUAAUCAAAAGAAAAAUGCAAGAACAUGGGAUAAUAUGUCUAUUUCAGUUUACUUUAGUGAGGUGCUCAAAUAUCAUGUGAUGGCAUAAUGAUGUAUGCCAUUCACAUACUUCUUACAUACUGGAUAAUCGUAAUGGAUUACAAAGAAUGCUUAAUUGAACAAUAUAUUUACAUUACUUAAAUAUGACUGAAAUAUUAAACACACUACACUUCUGUUCCCCAGCGAGCUUCUUAAUUGUUAACUUAUUUAUUUUCUUCCCCUCCUCUAUUUUUUUGGCUCCAUGUGUCUUCCAGGCAAACCAGUGGCAAAUAACAAGUCUAAGCAAUCCUCUCUCAGCCUGCACUACCCUUAACUGUGUCACUUGGUCUUCAUCCUAUACAACCAUUCCCUCUGUUCCUUCUACACACUCUCUACAGCUUUAAGCAUGCUUAACUUCUCAGUCUUCUACAUUUUUAUGAAAAGUCAUAAAAUUGAAACUUUGUUUCUUGCUUCUUUUUCUGGCCAAAGUUCUUUGCAUUUUAAUUUUGGGUCCAUCACCGAUUGGGAUGAAUUUACAGUGGCCAAAUAAUCGACCCACUCACGUGCGCUUGGGAUGUGAGAGCAAACUGGAGCGCCCUGGAGAAAUCCAUGCAGUCACAGGGAGAACGUGCAAACUCCACACAGGCAGCACCAGAUGCCAGGAUUGAACCCAGGUCUCUGGUGCAGCUGUGUCACUGUGCCACUUUAUUCAGAAAUUGUCUCAGGAUCUCUGUUUCAGAAAAGUACCUACUAAUCAACUGAGUGUAAGUCUGUUCCUGUCAGAUGCCAUUAAUAUGGUGAUUGGUAGACAUGUAAUUCUCUGAUAUAUCCAAAGCAGGAGCCACAAAGCCUUUCAAAUCCAUUGUGACAUCUUUUCCCAAGCACGCGGUCAAGUUCGUCUUCAUGUAGUGGACUGAUGAGCCUUCUGACUUCAUGCACGCACACUUUUAGAGAAUGCGCAAUGUGCCAUGGUAAAUACAUAUCUUGCCUUACUGCACCACAUAAGUAGGGGCGCCUCAGGGAAGCACACUGAGCCCCUGCCUGAAUGCUAUCCAGUUCAAUUGUCUGCUCCAAGUCCUUCUCAUACCUGAUGCCUUUAGUGUCACCAGAGAGGAAAACACUGAAUGUAAAACAAAAAUCCACAAACAAAUAAACGUUGUUGGGAAUGAUAUUGACAUUGCCCUACUCAGCAAUGGUACCUCUCAUUUACAAUAUUGUUCUGUUGUAUAAGAAAACUUACCCUCAUAAUGUUGCACUAUCGUCUUAGAGAAGUUCUGCAGGAAUGAAGCUGACUGAAGAAACGGAAUUCUUGAGAAGAUUUAUCUCUAUUUAUCAUCUUAGCUCCUUUGUACAGUGCACUGAGUCUCCUGUGAUAACCCAAAUUUCAUAUGACAAAAUUGGCACUUUCUCAUUCUGGAAUUAGAAGUCAGAUCACAAUGAAAUGUGUCCAAAAUCGCAAUCCUUAAUAAAAUUUGAACUGCAGUGACACUACAAGAACUGCUAAUCGCCCACCCUCAUCUGGAAAAGAAGGAUUCACACAUAUCAAUAUUUAGUAGAUUCAUGCAAAUGAAGAAGAGCAAACAAAAUAUAAUUUGACCCAACAUGGUUGCUCCAUACAACUGAGAUACAUUAUGCAUUACCUCAAGAUGAUCCUCCCUUCCAGAUCAAACUGCUAGCACAGUUUAUCAAUGGCAGAGUUUCAAGUAACAACUUCUAACUGCUGUGUUGUCUGUAAAUUUGUUCUUUUAAUGCCAUGCUACCUUUAACUGAAUUUGAAAAACAUGAUGAUGAGAAGAUUCUUGUUUAUAUCGAAGAAUUCUCUAAAUUCUGAUGUGUAAAUGCAACUCAUAGAGAGUGCUGUAAAUUUCCUUGCAAACUUGAACAAGUUUUUUAUCUCAUUGUUCAAUUCAUUUCCUGAUUAUCAGACUUGUUUUCCAAUAAAUGAUGGAAGACCAUGAAGAAGAAUCCUUAUCUAACAUAGGCAACCUUUCGCUAGUAAACUUGUAGGCCAAUUCUUCCAUCAGGAGUCUGUUGCCUCCUGACAAACUUACAGAAGCCUCAUUGUGAUCUAUUUCUUGGCAUUUCAAUGUUUGAACAACCAAAGGGCCACAACAAGGGAAAGUACAGAACAAGUGACUUAAAGCUUGUUCCCUUUCCAUCUUCUCAAGGUCUGCCUGCAUUUGAAUCUGUAGCCAAGCUAGAUAUGGAUGCCAGAUUUAAAUUAUAAUAGUAAGAGGAGAAUAUACUGCCGAUUAUGUCUAUGCCAACUAAUAUUGUUUUGGGUCAAGAUUACUUCUGUAAUAACAUGAUAACUGUUACAAUAUUAUAAUCCAUACAGUCCUGGACAAUUCAAUACACCAGGAGAUCAGUCCUUUCCUAUAACCAUGGAAUGAAAUGUUCUUGUUGUUAAAGUCAAUAGUUUUGUUCUGAAAGAGGUGGUGCCAGAAGAUAUCGUGUACUGUUAUAUCAGCACUCCUGAGAACCCACUGAGAAUCCAACCCAUUGAGUAAUCAAGUGGGAGUCAAAUAAUCAUUAACUUGUAUUAAAUCUGCGCUUUAAGAUGUGAGUUAUUAAAACAAAUCUGAUAUAAGUUAGUUAUACUUCUAAUGCAUUUAUUAAGUGGCAUAUAUACCAUCAUUACAUUCCUUUUUAAAAUCUUAUACUUGCUGCCUGCAUAACCUUUCCAAUAUACUUCUGCUCUUAUUUGCUAAUCUCCUUAUAGAUUCUUGUGUCCAUUUUCAGAAUGAAGAAGCAUGUCAGUUUACAAUCCUCAACGACAAUCAUGCUGUAUUGUGUUGUGUUUGCACCUCUUAACUCCUCAUUUGCCCUGCAGACAAACUCCCUUGCACCUAUCCAUGCAUAUGCCUUUUGAAUGAACUUGUGUCUCAUACUUGAUUUAACUACCCUGACCUUUAAUCCCUUUUUGUCUGAAGGUCUGCAUCAAAAUAAUCUACUGGGCUUUAGACCAUACCUUUAACUCUCCUCCCAAUAUCAUACAGUGCCAAAUACAAAUUAAUAGUCUCUUAUAAAACCUGAGGAAUACCUCAUAUCAAUCAAUAUUUCUCUUCUUACUUAACAUAGUGGUGUUCUUGAGUAGGAAAAGUAGUCUAAUGAAUAAAAAUGUAGCUUACUGAUUGGUCUAGAUAGCCAAAACAAGUAAUUUUGGAUUAUUUUAAAGGAGCACUUUAAACAAUUUCUCUCUUCUAAUUGUAAAAUAUUACAACAGCUGAUUUUGCUGAAAGAUUUUGCAUUUGACCAAGAGUUCACAGAGGAAAUUUAAUUCUAAAAUCCUUUGCCUUGCAUUGGUUUUCUUCAAGAGCUGAGCAAAACAUCCACUCCAGUGCUGGGCACUAACUUUAGCAAAUUGUAAAUUGGUUGAUACAUGGAUUACUAACCAAUUGUAGAAUUCCGAAGUGUUCAAUUAUGCCUUGAGGCACUAGCUAUGUGUGCCAUUUCCCAUUCUUUUUGCCCCAAGAGUCCUGAUAUAAAAUUUAAAAUUUGAUCCAAUCUGUCCCUUUACUAAAUGAAAACACUGAAAAUAUCCUCAGCUUUCUGUGUGCGGUAAAUUGACCCCAGAGAUGUCCCUAAAUCAAGUAUCUGUUUUUGUGUGGAGUGUUCCUUUAAAAUAAUCCAAAAUUAGCAUUACAAAAAAAAUCCUCUAUACAUGGCAGAUCAACAACCACUGUGAUAUUCUUCUAAUUACAUAUGUUUACAUAGGAGAAAUAGCACAGAAGAGGCCAUUUGGUCCAAACAGGCCAUGCUAGUGUUUAUACAUCACUCCAACCUUUUCACAUCUUUCCUCAGCAAAACUAUAAUUGUAACCCAUUAAUCACUUUUUCUUUAUACACUUGUCCAGCUUCUUCUUACAUCCAUUAAUACUUUUCCCCACCUAGUUCCUGUGUGAUCAAGAGCCACAUUUUCACUACACUUUGGUCAAAAACGUUCCUUUGGAGUUCUUCAUUAGAUUUUGUGGUGAUUAUCCUAUACUUAUGGCCUGUAGUUAUGAUUUUCCACAGAAAAUGGAACAUUCCCCUUCAUCUGCUUCAUCAAGAACUUUCAUAAUUUUAAGUCUCUAUUAAGUCACAUCUCACUCUUUUCUCAAAGGAAAAGAGACCCACAUUGUACACCUUUUUGGACAUGCACACCCUCCCACUUCUCCUAUCAUAGCUGCUAAUCUCUGCACCUACCCCAGCACCACAAUAUACUUUAUAUAAUAUGGUUCCCAUGUCUAUGUACAAUGCUCUAUGUUAACAUAACCGAGGAUUUUUACAUUACAUUGACAGUCCUACUAAUCAGUUCUGUCCCUCUAAAAAUAAAUCCUCAUGUUUUCUUUGCAACUUUCUUGUCCUUACCCGAUGAGAGAUGAUACCAGUACCAAACUGCCAGGGAAAAGCAACUUCAGAUGCCCGGACAUUGUUCUUAAGUGCACAAACCCUCUUAUGGAAAGCAGUAACCUGAUUGUUUAAGUUCACGAGAUGAAGAAGUCCUGGUGAAGGUUUUCAACCCAAAAUGUUGAAAAAUCCUAUCCCUCCUGCUAAUGCUGCUCAAACCCUUGAGUUCCUCAGCGGAUUGCUAGUUGCUCCAGAUUCUGACACCUGCAAUCUCUUGUGCCUGCAGAAAAGAAUGCUAUCUAUUUGCUAAAUGAAUGCUCAUGACCAGUCAGUUUUACUUUCAAAGAAGGAUCGGAUAGCUGAGGAGAAACAAUUAGAGAUGGCAGCACACGUAGAAAUAAUGGAAAACACUUGUUGCAAUUUUACCACAGCUGCAAUGUUUAGGAGGGAUAAAUAGGGUUGGUUACUGGGAUUACAGUCCAGGUUCUGUCGAUGCACUGUCAGAAGUUAUUUAUUUAGAGAUAUAAUGCAGAACAUGCCCUCCCAGCCCUUCAAACCGAGCCACCCAGCAACCCACAUUUUUAACCCUAGCCUAAUCACAGGACCAUGUACGAUGACCAAUUAAUUUACUAACCGGUACAUCUUUGGACUGUGAGAGAAAACUGGAGCAUCUGGAGGAAACCCACACACACACAGGAAGAACGUACAAACUUUCUUACUGAGGACACCGGAACUGAAUUCCAAACUCCAGUGCCCCAAGCUGUAAUAGUGUCGCACUAACCCCUAUGCUACCAUUGUGCCCACAAUCUUGAAAGAUACUCCAGGUCAGGAUGCCUACUACCCAUCCCUUAAGAUGCUUUUCUGAGUGUAAGGGCUAAAAGCCUUGAAACUCUUCUGAAACCCAUAAGGAGAGCAAAGAGAAUAUGCAGCACUUGCCUGUUGAUAUGACUACUAUCUCUGGUCAUGAGUAUUCAUUACUGAAAUAGAUAACAUUUUUCUCUACUCAGUCCUGCUUAAUCCUGAUGCAAGGCUUUGAUCCAAAGUAUCGACAAUUCAUUUACACUUGCAAAUGUUGCUUGAUCCACCGAGUUCCUCCAACAGAUUGUUUGCUGCUCCUGAUUCCAGCACUUGCAGUCUCUUGUGUAUAGCAUUCGUAUCUUUUUGAUUUAAGCCAUCCAUUUAUUGCUUUUCAUUUUAUGAUGGUUGGUGUUUCCACGACAUUGAAACAGCAGCCUUCCUUUACCACGAGCCAUUCUAUAACAAUGUAAAAGUGAGAAGUGGGAAUAAAAGCCAGACAGCCCAUCAAUUUUAGCCUUAUUCUCCUGGAUCUGGAGUGAUUAUGAUCAGGCACCUCAUCCCACACCAUUCCUAAAGUCUUUAUUUAUUAUUUUAUUUAGAGGUACAAUGUGGAAUAGGCCCUUCCAGCUACUGAGCUGCAUCACACAGCAACGCACCUAUAUAGUACUAGCCCAAUCACAGAACAUUCUACAAAGGCUAGUGACCUACUAACUGGAAAGUCUUUGGACUGUGGCAGAAAACCAGAACACAUGAAGGAAACCCAUGUGGUCACGAGGAGAAAGAACAUAGUCCUUACAUAUAGUGCCAUAUAGUGAACCCUGGAACGCACCGAGCUGUAAUAGUGUCAUGCUAACCACUACACUACUGCGGCAUUCCCUCAAACUGCUCCUGAAGGUUUUGAGCUCAUGAUACCUGGAUUGCUAAUCCAGCAACCUGGCCACAAAUUAAUGUAGUGCACUAAAGCACAUUAAUUUGCCUCCUGCACUCCCCGGGUUGACCAAGUCAUGAAUGGAAGUUUAAGGGUAAGAAGUAGACACUACAUUGCCUGAGAAACAAAUGAGUUAGACCUUAUUUUAGUCAUUUUAUAUUAUGAAGAAAGACAGUAGACAGCAGUAAUGCAUCAAAAGUCAGCUUCUUACGAGGAAGAAUAACAUAUCUUACAUUAUCACCAACAUUGGCAAUGCCUUUGCUUCUGAUCUCUGUGGACUUCAGAACAACUGAGGAUGGUCCAAAUGAAGGAGAACACAUUUGCAUUAUGCCAGCAGACGGAUGCUUUAAGAGAUAAAGAAGCAUUUAAUUAAUAAAUUCCUCUAGUUACAGGUACUGCAAACUAGCUACUAAGAUAUUGCUGCAUUUGUACAUAUAUUAUAGCAUAUUUUUCUUUCUUUACCAAUGGUUUUCUUUAUAAUACACAGAAUAAAAAUGGAUUUAAGAUUUUCAAUGUUUUACCAUAAUAUUAAAUGAAAUUUUAAAAACAUAACAGGCCAAAGCAGAUAUUUGUGUGGUCUGCCUAUUUAAGAUCCGAUAUUUAAAUAAUUUAUUAUUUGCUAUUUAUGAUCAGAUUUAAGUACUUCGGAUGACAUUUGUUAUCAUCGUGCUUCUUGACUUAUAAACAUUUAGUUGUCAUUACUGCUCUUAUUUAUUUUUGGGAGUGAAGAGGAGAUUUUCUGCCGCUUCACUUUUACUGCCAGAGAUGUAAUUUAAAUUAGAGACUGUAUAGACAAGCAGAACAUGCCCUGUAAUUCUGACAAUUUAAUGUAGUGUAAAACAAUUGCAGUAGUUCUGUAGGUAAUGCUAUUCUGCUUCGACUGAAAU